CCAGUGUUGUUCCGCUUGUGAUAGAAGUAAGACGUGCGACGCUCACCGUCGCGGAACUUUGUGACGGAUGCCUUGAUUUUGUUUAGUGAUUUCAACGCUGUCAUUCUUGGUGGUUCUAGUUUUCGUUAGAAUUAUGUUACUUAAGGAGAUUACCGUCGUACACGCGCAAAUGUUUUAGUUGGGUAGGAAAUAUACUAUGAAAGUCUUCGGUCCAGACUUGAAUCUUAAAUUGUUUUGGUGUCAGAAGGAGCUUGGAAGCAUUUUUGGUUUUUCAAAGGGCCAAGGCUUGCCUGUUCUUGUGGUUACUGUGAGAAUCGAUGAAAAAAAAAUGUAGUGAUCGUUCAGCAAUUCCGUGACACCCUAUACCCUAUACCCAUGGCGUCAGCCGUCAGGAAAGUCAGCGGAGGGCCUCUCACUGCCACGGUCGUAUUAGCCCACGACAUCCCCUUCGCUGACGCCGAUGAGACGGAUCCUCCUCCUCCUCAUCCCUCGGCUGACGGUUCGUCUCGUCGUCGUCAGCCUUCCCGGUCCCCUUCGUCAGCCACUGCUUCUGCAGCAGCAGCAGCAGCCUCCGCCAUGUCCAUAUACUCCUCCCCGCGACCUGGGGUCUCGAGGCCCGUCGGCGGGGCCGCCCUGCCCUUGUACUACAACAGCCCCCCUCCCCCGCCUGCGGUUCUCCCCCCGAGGGACCGCAAGCACUCUCCUUCAGGGGCAUCCACCCACAUGCACAUCUACACGAACACCUCCUCCGCCAACCUUUCCUUAACGGGAUUGCGCCCGCAGAACUCCGCCAGCGCCCUGGCUGUCGUCGAGGGCGCCGGCGGGGCCGUCAAGGUCGCGACGGACCGCCCGCAUCUGGUGUCCAUGGGCGGCGGGCGGCUCUCGACGGCCAUCACUCUGCACCCUAUUAACGAAGGGCGGACCGUCCUCGGAUCGGGCGGGAUGGGGACCGUGCCAGACAUCGUGGUGAUAGGGACGGGCGUGGAGGCGGAGCACUGCAUCCUCGUCAACACCGGGGGCGUAGUGACUCUGACGCCCAUCGCGUCCAUGGUCGCCAUAGAUGGGCUGAAGAUCACCGCUCCGACCAGGCUGACGCAAGGAUGCAUGAUAUGCCUGGGUCGAAGUAACUACUUCCGGUUCAACCAUCCCGAGGAGGCCCAGUUGAUGAAAGCGAUCCUGCCCAAUACGCGAAUCAGUAUGGUGCCCAUCAAUUUUUACCCGGGCGUAGACAACCCAGAGUACUUCCACAUGGGCGGGGAGGCUUCCCCGCCCAACGGUUCCCCCCUGAACUCUUCCGGCGAGACCAAGCCGCCCGUGCCUUCCCGGAAGGUCACGCCUGUCACCUCUUCCAGUCACCCCACCACGCCCACGAGCCCCUCGCCCGGCGCCCACCCGGUUUUGCCCGGCCACCCCAUCACCUCGCAUCACUUCCCGUCCAAUAAGGUCAACAACAACAACAACACGAGUUUGUGCAGCGCUGAUAGUCAGGAGUUUAGUGAUAAGGUAUCUAAGUUCGAACACUUGUCCCAGACCAGAGAGUCCCUGACUCGUCAGGCGUCGGAGAAGUGGUCGGCCAAGGAGAGCGUCAGGAGUAACCAUGGCAACAACAGCAACCUCCAUCUUCACCAUCACUCCCGCGACGCCUCGGACAGCGAUUCGGACACGCCCCCUGAGGUUCCUCCCCGUUCCGAAGGGAGAACUAACCAUUCCACGACGUCCCCUGUGAAUGGCACCGCAGGAGGCCGUGUUGCCCGGCCGAGGUACUUCGGGGAGUACAUCUACACCAGAAAUGAAAUCGCGCCCCCGCCCUUGGCGCCCCGUGCCCCUACGACCGCCCUACGCAGGAGCAACAGCGGAUCUGCCGGAAGCAGCUCUACGACGGCUUCGGGCGUCUCCACCGUCGUGUCUCCAUCAGGCAUGACCUUAGUCCACAACAUGAUGUACCGAUCGUUGCCGCCUCCUCCUCCGUCGCCUUCGUCAGCAGCGGCGACAAGCACCACCAACAGCCUAGGGCACAGCGUCACCCACACCCUGCACUCCCCGCCGAGUAUGACCCCAGGGGCGUCUUCGUCAGCAGCGACCUCCCCCACCACCACCACGAAUGCCAUAGUUCCUAGUACUUCGUCCUUGUCCAGGUUGUCUGGGCAUUCAAGGGCGUCCUCCUCCAGCGCCUCCUAUGGCGGAGGAGGAGGAGGAGGUGGUAGCUUGGUUGGUUCCCCAGCACCGUCCAUGACGAGUUCGUGGACGCCGGGAGUCGGCCUGGGCAACAUAGGUUUACAAGGUCGCGAUGGAGGGAAGACUCCGACCAGGUGUUCCUUGGAAGAUUUGCGACACAGCGAGUUGAGGAAACAACAGGCCGUCGAGGACAGAGUGAAGGAACAGGAGGCAGCUGCAGCCGAGCGCGCGCGCCUCGAAGAGAUCUUGAACUUGUGCGCGGAGUACGAGCGACAGCACCAGGGAGCAGCGACCACUCCCACGGCCCCCCCCACUCCAACCCCCAGACCCCAGUCACACUCUCCGCAUCACCCUUUCACUCAGAAUAGAAUCAAGACAAACGGGUCCCUACCACGGGAUAAAAGGUUACCUUCUUCUCCCACUGGAUUACCCACCACUCCAACUUCAGCCACAUCACCCACUCCUGCAUCCACACCAACCAUCUCCAGCAGUCUGAGAUGCAAAGCGACGUCAGAAGAUGAACUCAAUGCAAUAUUCAGUUUUGACGCCCCAGACAUUUCUAACCAUGGACAGUGUGCUUCACUCACAAGAAGUGGGACCCUACCAAAUUACCCGCCCUUUCCUAACCCUGGUCCUUUACAAGUUCCUUCUCAUUCUCCAAGUCCAAGUAGUCCGAAAAGUCCAUACGAAAAUGUAAGUCCUUACCUCACGUAUCCUAUGCCACAGAGUCCAAGGACACGUAUUAAAACCAUUGUAGGAAAGGAAAGAAAUGAGCGAUUAGAUAGAAAAGAUAAUUGUGAGAUUAUCGAAAACAGAAUGGCCAUACAGGGAGCAGACUUACAGGAAGGCAUUUGUGAUAGUAAAAAAGUUAGAGGUCCCAGAACGUCCAGAGAGAGUGAGAAAAACAAGGAAAAUUUAAGUCCCCAUUCGAGAUCUGAUUCCUCGAGUUCCCUGGAGUUGCCAGCCCCUCCCAAGCCCCCGAGAUCUCCAAGAGUGGAUAGAUCGGUGCUAGGAGACUCCCCUACCAAUACUAAAGUGAAUGUAGAUGUUGUUAAUUCAGUAGCAACCUCGCAAGUCAAUAUGAAUGGAGUUUGUGCAGUAGCUGUAAGUCAGACGAGUACUGUGUGUCGAGAAGUGAUGUCUACUAGUGUUGAUGGAACGUUGAACGCUUAUGAAAAUAGUCAAAUAGUGGCACAGAAUGAUUUGAACACGACGAACAAUAAUGUCAUGGAAUGUUCGACAGACUCGAGUGUGUUUACUAGUCCAAAGGAUAAGUUCUUCAAAAACUCUUCAGUUAUGGAAAGCUCAUUUUCACCACCCGAUGGUGAAGGAAAAAUCACCAAUAGAGUAUUCGAGGAACAUCUUAUCAGAAACAUUCAAGAUACCUUUAAUAUUGACGACGUGCCUGGGGAGAUUGAACGCCUCAAGGGCAUCAAGAACGAGACUCUUCAGUCUGUGACGGAUCUCAAACGCAGUGUUACGGAACUGGAGCUGACUGAGGACGAAGCACUGAGAGAGUUGGAAGUCGAGCGAGCACUACUUGGAGGAGAAUUAGGACCAUUACGAGAAAAGCUAGCUUCAGAUGAACAACAUUUGGAAGAGCUUCUAUAUCGCAGUAGUCAAUUAGAAGAUCAGUGUCAGCAGGAGAAACAUAUUCAUCAGGAAGCUAUUGAUGCUUGUCGGUCUCGUCUGGAAGCAGCUGAGAAGGAGUUGGAUCGAUUGGAGGGCUCGAGCGAAAGCUUCAAGGGCUCCACGGAUGAAGAAACAGAGAUGUUAGAGAAGCUUAAAGCUCAACACGAAGCUGUUGAAAUGGAAAGAAGGGCAUUUGAAGACACAGAAUUCCAGCAAAUGGAAAUUGAAGCUCAUCGGGAGUCUGAGAGAGAGGAGCUAAAUAAAGAGAUUGCAGAGAUUAGAGAAAAAGUCAGUAGCCGAAGGGAGAGGAUCACAGAGUUAGAGAACUGCAUGCUGGAAAUGACUCACUCUGUGCGUCAACAGACGGAGGUCUUGGAAAAGGAAAGACAGGAGUUGCUGUCCAAGAUUGCAAAGGAGCGAGGGCGUUUGACAGUUGCUGAACGACGUCUCGGAGAACUGACUCGCUUGGGAAUCACACCACCCAAUGGCCAGUGCUCCCCUGCUUGUUCAUCCGACACAGAAGAGAGUGGUGCUCCUGAUUUAGUUGAACGGUUGUCGAGGCUUCACUUCUUGGAUCAGUCUCAAGAGGAUCUGGAUAGAAUACAGCAGGUAACCUCAUCAGCUCCUCUUGGUUGUAACGAUGGGACGCUUGGCCGUAAAACUUCGGCAACCUUAAUGGAAAUAGAGCGGAAUCGUCAACUUCUUUUAGCCAAACAGGGUACCCUUGUCAUUGAAAAAGAGCGGCGUCGCGUGGAGGAGCUAAAGCGCAGAGUUGCUGAUGAAGUCAAAGCACAGUGGGAAGAAAGGAAAGCCAAAGAGCAACAGAGAGAAGUGAACUGUGCUUCCCUGAAUAGUGUUGGCUCGGAAGAUUCUUCCAUGACGUCGUCUGAUAUUCAUACUGAAAGCUUGUCCAGUGAUGACAUCUUGGAGAAACGCAGCAGCGGCGAGAGCGUGGGUAGGGAUAUUCCACAAGUUAAGAUGCGUCAGCGCGAGAACGAGCUGGCCACAGGUGCUGAAGAGUCGCGGCCACUAAGCGAUGCAUCGUCAUGCUGUGACCCCAACGAAGCAGCUGUCAAAUUCCGAGAGAAGGCAAGGACACAGCUCCCACCUGUAUCAUUGCCCUUCCACAUAGCUCCUGAUCUCUCCUCAUCCAAGGCCUUUGUGUCUCCAAACUACAUCAAGCAACGCCCUUUGACAAGAUAUUUACCUGUAAGAAGUGAACAGUACUUUGAUCUCAAACAACACAUUGAGUCAGCAGGACACCAAAUAGAACUAUGCCCUUUCAUCUUGGUCUCCUCUACUGCAUGUCGUGGAUACUUGAAUAAACUAGGAUCAAAAUUCCGUACCUGGCAGAAGAGAUGGUUUGUGUUCGACAGGUCAAAAAGGGCGCUCAUGUAUUAUAGUGACAAGAGUGAAACUAAGCCUCGUGGUGGAGUUUACUUCCAGGCUAUUGAAGAAGUUUAUGUGGACCAUUUGCAUUCUGUCAAGUCCCCAAAUCCAAAAUUGACUUUCUGUGUGAAGACUUACGAGAGAACUUACCAUUUAAUGGCUCCUUCUCCUGAAGCUAUGCGUAUUUGGGUUGAUGUUAUCUUCACUGGAGCCGAAGGAUAUCAAGAGUUCCAAGGUGGUACCUGAGAAAUGUUUUGGAAAGUGCUGUUAAAAUUUCAAGGUCUUCUAUGUAUUUACUGGGCUUCCACUGUCUGUGAAUGAAUGUUCACAGAUUUGGAAGAAUUUUUUUUACUGAUUGUUAUAAUACAGGCCUCAAGUUUGUAUUUCCUACAAUGAGGUCUGUUUCUAAAAGGAUCAGAUUUACCUGUGUAUAUCAGUAUCAACAGCCAAACAAAUUGUAGCCAGCUCUUGGCAGAUUUCUGAGGCAGUGCCUUAUUUUGUGAUUUUAAAAUAUGGACCACAUAAUUUUAUAAAACAUGCAGGGUCAUGCUAUUUUCUAAAGCUUAAAUAUUCAUUUAACAUUUCUUCAUACCUUAUUACAUUAAAUCCCCAAAUGAUACUGUGCACAGCUUUGACUUGGAAAUUGCAUUUCAUUCAUGACAUUCAUGAUUGUAAUAUCAUAAAUAGUAUAAUUUAUUUUUUCAAGGCUAAUAUGCCUGCAAAAUGUAAAAUUACUUUGCUGGUUGCUCAUGAACUACAGAGCUUUUGUUACCAAUAAUUACAGCAUAAAUAUAACCCCCGGAAAAUUUGUGUAUGGAAAGGGUGCUUUUUGUAAAUUAUCACUUAUGGCUAUGUCGCAGCUUUCCAUUAUCAUUAAUGCCUUAAAAGUCAUGACUUUCACUUCAUGAUUACUGCAUGAUCCUUUUAUGGAUCAAAUAUUCUUUUGGUGGCACGUGUUGAUACUUAAUUCAACAGUAGCCUGGAGCAAAAAAGUUUAGUUUUAUUGUAAAUGCUCAUAUCUGUAAUGAGGACUUUCAAAUAAGUGUACCUUAUAUUUAAAUAUUUUAGUGAGUUUUAUGUAUGUCAAUACAAUUGUAGAUGCACGUUGAGUAUAUAGCCUAAUGAAAUUUGUAUACUGCCACAUAUUUUAUUUAGUUUGCAGCAGUUUUUUCUUCUUGUAAAUAACUUAAAGGUACACGUUAAUGUUCCCACGAAUGAAACGUUCACGUAUUCUCUGAAAACCAACAUCUUGCCAGAAUUGAAAGGCAGACCAGUUGAUUUUAAAUGAAAACCUUAAAAUGCUUUUAUAUUAUAGGAUACUCUGUCUGCUUUGUAUUUUGAAAUAAUAAGUGCUAAGAUUGGGUUGUAUGUUACCAUACAAAGACAAAGUGUCAAGGACUCUGUAACUUUAAUACAGUAUAAAUAUAUUUUUAUGUUGUGA